AACAUAGUAAAAGUAUUUUAAAAUAAUUUUAUUAGGAUAAAUAAUAUCCUGAGCUACAGCUGUAUUAUGCGUAUUUAUUAUUCAUAUUUAUGUGACUUCAUAUGACAUUUCUAAGAUUGGCAUUCGAAUAAAACGGUGUUUAAAGAGUUCAGCAGCGUUUUAUUUUGGCAUUGUUGAGGAGAAUGUCGUAUGUUACUCUGUGACUCUUGACACUUUGUUAAUCGGCUCCUGCACCGGCUCUUGUCCCAGCCAUUCUUUAUCCCUUUAUCUGUUUUCUAGCUGUGAAUCAGCAGAGGAUUUUUGCGCAGUUUUUCCGCGGCUCAGACAUGACAGCCUGCACGGUGAUGUUUCCUCAGGGCUCGGCCCUUUGACUGUCGUGAGCUCAGAACAGUGUUCAGGCCCGGUUUCAACAUAUCGAUCGUUUUUCUUGUAUGGUGAUCAUGAUGAUCCGGUAAGGUGUAGUUUCGGCUUUUAUUUCUUUUUCCAACAGUGAGGAGAAGACUCUGGUAUGAUGAAGAUUUGGAGCACCGAACAUGUUUUCAGUUACCCCUGGGAGACUGUGAUCAAGGCUGCCAUGAGGAAGUACCCCAACCCCAUGAACCCCAAUGUGGUUGGGGUGGAUGUGUUGGAUCGCAGUCUGGACGCAGAGGGACGCCUUCACAGCCACAGACUUCUCAGCACGGAGUGGGGGCUACCGAGUAUCGUACGAGCGAUACUGGGAACCAACCAGACACAGACAUACGUGAAGGAACAUUCCAUAGUCGAUCCAGAGGAGAAAAAGAUGGAGUUGUGCUCAACAAAUAUUACCCUUACCAACUUGAUAUCGGUAGAUGAGAGGCUUGUUUACACGACACACCCAGAGAACCCAGAGGUUACUGUCCUAACACAGGAAGCCAUCAUUACAGUGAAGGGAGUCAGUCUGAGCAGCUAUUUAGAGGGGAUGAUGGUCAGGAGUAUGUCUGCCAACGCCCGCAAGGGCUGGGAUGCCAUUGAAUGGAUUAUUCAAAACUCUGAAAGGGAGAACGUACCGCUCUGUGACAUUUACUGAAACUGGUAACUCUGCCCUCCUUUAGACUUGUUCUUCAAUUGUAUCAGAUUGCCAAAAGAAAGUGUCUUUUUUAUCUCAUAAAACAUGUUCUGUUGUUUGAGUCGUAGGAUUCCAGAUCCACAGACGACAGCUUUCCUCGUACCUGAAGGGGAGCUCUAAGCAUCUGCCGAUCCGCUGCAGUUGGAUUGUUUCAUGUAAAAGAAACUAAACCUUUGCCAAAUGAAAUGGUUCUUGAAACAUUCUGAGAUUGUGUGGGCAGGUUUGAUGGUUGUGGCUCAUUGCUAACUCCUCAUUUUCAAUCCAGUAACUGCAGGGUACAAAACAGAGAGUUGUGUCAACUAAACAAACCUAGCAGACAAAUUUUGAAUGUCAUUACUACUCUAUAUUACUUAUAAAGUGAUACCUUAAGAAAAAUACUUGAUAUAGAAAAUGGAUGAAACGGG